AUUGAAGUAAAUAUUUAUAUAAAAUGCCACCAAUGGAUUAUCCACCACCCACUUUAAGUGUUUUUAUGGGAUCUUAUGAUCCUGUCUAUCAAGGUCUUUCCUCUCUAUAUCAGUCAAAACCUACAAACUACUUUCAAGAUUAUCGAAAUGAGACACUGUCACGGUUUAUGAUGCCCACAUAUCACUGGGGCUUAACCAGAACUCCCUACUCACCUCAUCCUGACUUAGUAGGAGCUUACCGCAAGAGCAACUGGAAGAAACUAUUGGAAACUCCGUCCAUAAAGUUGCGUCUCAUAGACGAAGCUAGAUCACAAGAAGUAGACGACUUCUAUAAGCUUUGUCAAAUGCACAGAGAUCAAUACAUGGAUCAUUCAGGCAGACUUCACCCACUGAAAUACUUCACUGAUGUUGACGAGAAAUGGAACUGUCCCAAUAUGACCAAUACAUACUUGGAGUUCCCCACAAAGUUUGUGGAAUACCGAAAGCCCAUAGUGUUUCCCAAGACCUACGCUCGGUCGGUGCUGUUACCUUCCUUGCCUCAACGUUCACUUGCAGGAAGAUAUUCUACUGGGAGUGAUAACCUAUAUAACCGUUAAAAUAAGUUCCGGUUUUAUCAUGAACUUGACCAAAAAUAUACAAUGUAUUUUAAUAAUAGUGUUUUAAUUCAGGUAAUGAAUUAUAAGUGAAUGAAUUACAGUAUAACAAGUAUGAAAUAAAUCAGGUAAAAUAAAACGCUCAAUUUCCACU